UUUUAGUAAACAAUAUAAAAAUUUAUGCACUUUAAAUAUUGAAUUCCAUAAAACCAAAAAUUGUGUAAUAAAAUUUGAAAAUUAUAUUUGGAAAAAAUGAAGAUUGCCAUUGAAGGUUGUGCCCAUGGCGAGUUAGAAAAAAUUUAUGACACUAUUGCUAAAAUUGAAGAGGAAGAAAAUAUUAAAGUGGAUUUAUUAAUAUGUUGUGGAGAUUUUCAAGCAACAAGAAAUCUUGAUGAUUUACAAACCAUGGCAGUACCAAAAAAAUUUCAAGAUAUGUGUUCGUUUUACAAAUAUUAUAGUGGAGAAAAAUUGGCACCAAUCUUGACAAUUUUCAUUGGAGGAAAUCAUGAAGCAUCGAAUUAUUUGCAGGAACUUCCAUAUGGAGGUUGGGCAGCACCUAAUAUAUAUUACAUGGGAUUAGCUGGAGUUAUAAACAUAAAUGGAAUUCGUAUUGCUGGUGUGUCUGGCAUAUACAAAGGACAUGAUUACCUAAAGGGCCAUCACGAAUUUUCACCGUAUUCUGAUGAAACUAAGCGAUCAGUUUAUCAUGUAAGACAGCUUGAAAUAUUUAGAUUAAAACAAAUUUCUGGUAAAAUUGAUAUAUGCAUAUCGCAUGAUUGGCCAAAAGGAGUCCACAAUUUUGGUAAUCAAAAUCAAUUACUACGCUUUAAACCACAUUUUAAAGAUGACAUUGAAAGUAACAGAUUGGGAAGUCCACCUUGUGGCGAUUUAUUAAACAAAUUACAACCAAAAUAUUGGUUUGCCGGUCAUUUACAUUGUAAAUUUGCCGCUUUAAUCCAACACGAAGAAACAGAUAACAUUACGAAAUUUUUGGCUCUAGAUAAAUGUUUACCGAAAAGAAGAUUUUUACAAAUAAUGGAUAUAGAAAGAAAUACAGAAGACUUGAAAGAAAAAAUCAGCAUUUCAUAUGACUUAGAAUGGCUAACAAUAUUACACUUAACAAAUCAUUUAUUGUAUGUUAAAAAUUCAAAACACUAUUUACCUGGCCCAACAAGUAAUGAACGUUUUGAUUUCAGUCCUACAGAAGAAGAAAUGGAAAUGAUUCUCAAAAAAUUUAAUCAUAAUCUAGAGAUUCCACAAAAUUUUUGUAAAACUGUUGAACCAUAUGAUCCAAAUGAUAAUAAUUAUGGUUCUCAACAACCAAAAGCUCAAAUUAAUCCACAGACUACACAGUUUUGUGAAUUACUGGGUAUAGACGAUCCAUUAAGCUUGGCAAUGUUGUUAAGUGGUCACGAAUUGAGCCAUUCAACUAUCUUAGAUGAAAGCAUAACAAGUGAUUUGAAUAAUUCCAGUUUUAUUAUGGAUCAAAGUGAUCACAGUGAACAAAAUUUAUCUUUAGAAAGUAGUCCGCUGAAGCGUAAGUCAAUGUUUUUACCAAAUCCAAAAGAGAGCGAAGAAAUUGCAAUAAGUGAUAACGAUGAAGAAGAAAGUUUUACUGAGGAAAGUUCUGAAAUUUUAAAUAGUUUCGAUUCAAGUAAAAAUGUAACAACUGAAACGUUUUUAGACAGCAGCGGUUUUUCAGACAUCGAUAAUAAAUUUGAGAAAACAUCAAAUUUAGAAGACUUGAUUGAAGUUCAAAACUCACCAGAGCUAGAUAUAAUCGUGAAAGAAAAUGAUACUUCAAAACCGCCUAUUAAGAAAUUCAAAAGAAGAAAUCAAGAUAUUUACAAUAAAAACAGCGACGAAGAAAGUUGAAUGUAAAUAUGCUUUAAAUGCAG